AUGGGCAACACCUGCUGUCUGGGGCGAGAGAAGCCGCCGGCGCCACCAGCGGCGCGAGCAGAGAGCGAGGCAAGAAAGGGCUUUGCAGCUGUGCGGUGGGCCGUGGUGCUGCUGCGGCGGCGUGCGCAGCAGUCGCAGAAGCCUUGGCAGCUGGCAGCAAAGGAUGAGGCUUGUGGCCACCAGGCGAAGACUGCUCAAGACGGGCUGGACUCCAAAGUGGACGCUUCUGCCGUGUGCCACGGCAAGACCGGGCAGCGUGACAGGGCAGUGGGUCCUGUGGCCCGGGGCCCAGAGGAAGCUGUGAAGGAGGAGAUUACACAAGAAGCCCUCGACAAGGCCUUCGACACGAAGGUCAGGCUGGCGGAGACGAGCGAGAGUGGGCUGCCUGCGGCAUCAUCGAAUGGUCCGAACCAGGACAACUUCUGUUUGUCCGUUUUCAAGAACGGCUACACCUUUGCGUGUGUCCUCGAUGGCCACGGCAAGAAGGGCCACCUAGCGGCGACGAGAGCUGCACAACUCAUCCCCUUCCUGCUUCUGGAGCAGGGAAUUGGCGACGAACGCGUGGCAGAGGCCGCGAUUGAGAAGGCGGUGGCGGCCCUGUGGAAGGGCAGUAGUGUCUGGGUAGCCAACGCUGGUGACAGCCGCUGCGUCCUCUUGGAGGACAAUCAGGUGGUCUUUGCUACCUCGGACCACAAGCCAAGCUGGGCCGAGGAAAAGGCUCGCGUGGAGGGCAGCGGGGGCGAGGUGCGCGUGGAGGAGCAGGUGCCGCGCGUGUAUGCAGCCGGCCAGCGCGGGCCGGGACUGGGCGUGACGCGGGCGCUGGGCGACGUGCACUAUCUUCGCCUCGAUACGAGCAAACAGGCCACCCACAACGCGUGUCGGGGUGCGAAAGCCGUGUUGGCGAGCGACGGCAGCAUCUGGGAGGUGGUGGGGCAAAAGGACUUGCCCUCUCUGGUGCUGGACGGCGCUGAAGGCUCCGGGCAGUUGGAUGCAGGGUGUCUAGUGGCAUGUCGUUCGCAGACAGAAACUCUCGUUCAGGGCCUAGCGCGAUGGGCAACACCUGCUGUCUGGGGCGAGAGAAGCCGCCGGCGCCACCAGCGGCGCGAGCAGAGAGCGAGGCAAGAAAUGGCUUUGCAGCUGUGCGGUGGGCGGGCCCAUGCGCCGCAGCCGCUCCAGGCCGUGGUGCUGCUGCGGCGGCGUGCGCAGCAGUCGCAGAAGCCUUGGCAGACUCUUCUUGUUCUGGCUUGCGGCUGGGAGCAAGCUAGGGCUUGCAAACUCUUGCAGUGCCGAGGCUGGCCGCAAAGGAUGAGGCUUGUGGCCACCAGGCGAAGACUGCUCAAGACGGGCCAGUGGAAGCAGUGGCCCGGGACCCAGUUGUGCACAAGGCAUGAGAAACUCGAGCGGCACUUCUUUCUGUCUGAAGGAGAAGCCUCAGCAGAAGCCUUGGCGACUUUUCUUGUCUGCUGCUUCUUGCUGGGCGCGUCUGCCAAAGCAGCGCUGAGGCUGGACUCCAAAGUGGACGCUUCUGCCGUGUGCCACGGCAAGACCGGGCAGCGUGACAGGGCAGUGGGUCCUGUGGCCCGGGGCCCAGAGGCGUGUGCAGCGGCGAGUGGAGGGGUCCGUUAUUUUUGCUUGCGAGAGGAAGCUGUGAAGGAGGAGAUUACACAAGAAGCCCUCGACAAGGCCUUCGACACGAAGGUCAGGCUGGCGGAGACGAGCGAGAGUGGGCUGCCUGCGGCAUCAUCGAAUGGUCCGAACCAGGACAACUUCUGUUUGUCCGUUUUCAAGAACGGCUACACCUUUGCGUGUGUCCUCGAUGGCCACGGCAAGAAGGGCCACCUAGCGGCGACGAGAGCUGCACAACUCAUCCCCUUCCUGCUUCUGGAGCAGGGAAUUGGCGACGAACGCGUGGCAGAGGCCGCGAUUGAGAAGGCAUUGAUCCAGGCCUUCGAGAAGGCGAAGCUGCGAAGCUGCUGUCUCUUCUGGCACUUGAGGGGGAACAGACUCCUGCAGGCCGAUGCCGAUCUGAGCCGCCAUGCAGACAGCGGCUGCACGGCGGUGGCGGCCCUGUGGAAGGGCAGUAGUGUCUGGAUAGCCAACGCUGGUGACAGCCGCUGCGUCCUCUUGGAGGACAAUCAGGUGGUCUUUGCUACCUCGGACCACAAGCCAAGCUGGGCCGAGGAAAAGGCUCGCGUGGAGGGCAGCGGGGGCGAGGUGCGCGUGGAGGAGCAGGUGCCGCGCGUGUAUGCAGCCGGCCAGCGCGGGCCGGGACUGGGGGUGACGCGGGCGCUGGGCGACGCCGCUGCCAAGUGCUGUGGAAUUAUCGCCACGCCACAGGUGCACUAUCUUCGCCUCGACACGAGCAAACAGGCGAAAGCCGUGUUGGCGAGCGACGGCAUCUGGGAGGUGGUGGGGCAAAAGGACUUGCCCUCUCUGGUGCUGGACGGCGCAGACACUGCCAAGCUGCAGUCAGCCGCGUUUGAGGGUUGGGCCUCGCUGACAGGAGGCGGCUACCGUGAUGAUGUUACGAGCAUCGUGAUUCCGCUGGGCUGCUAA